AUGCACAAGACAUGCUCUACAAGUGAGAAGGAAAACAGCAAGGAAAAGAAACCCUUUGUUGGGGAUCUGGCCCAUGGCACCAGCAAGAUAGGCAAGUGUCAUGGUCUCCAUACUGCCAGGAAGCUCUGCAGUCACCGACGGGACCAGAAGUGGCAUGAUAAACAAUACAAGAAAGCCCACUUGGGCAGCCUGAAGGCCAAUCCUUUCUGAGGUGCCUCUCAUGCAAAAGGAAUUGUGCUGGAAAAAGUAGGGGUUGAAGCCAAACAGCCAAAUUCUGCUCUCUGGAAGUGUGUCAGGGUGCAGCUCAUCAAGAACGACAAGAAAAUCACAGCUUUCAUGCCCAGUGAUGGCUGCCUGAACUUCAUUGAGGAAAACGAUGAAGUUCUGGUUGCUGGGUUUGGUCGAAAAGGUCAUGCUGUAGGUGAUAUUCCUGGAGUCUGCCUUAAGAUUGUUAAAGGAGCCAAUUUGUCCCUUUUGGCCCUGUACAAAGGCAAAAAGGAGAGAUCAAGAUCCUAA